GAUCCCUUUGAUUUGAACCACAAUCUCGGUGCUGGAGUUUCUCGCAAAAUGACUAAUUUCAUCAUGAAGGCCUUUAUCAACGGGAGGAAGUUGUUUGGGACUCCAUUCUUGCCUAUCCCUGGCACUGAAGUGGACUACUUCUUUGACUCGAAGGUGUUGACGGACGGCGAGUUGGCGCCCAACGAUAGGUGCUGUAGGAUCUGCGGGAAGAUCGGCCACUACAUGAAGGACUGUCCUAAGAGACGCAGGAUGAAAAAGAAGGAAAAUGAAGAAGACGUAAAAGAUGAGGAGCGUGAACCAAAGGACAGACGUUGUUUCCAGUGCGGGGACAUGGGUCACGUACGGAGGGACUGUCCUGAGUACCGCCACCUCAAACAGAGGACCGGCGGAGUGCCAGCGCCUCACAUGGUACGAAGUGUGGUGAGCUCCCAGUCCAUCCCCAUCCCGAAGACGGCUGCAGACUGUCCCGGGAGGACCAGACAGCCCUCUGAAUGU